AUGGAGACGCUGCUCUCCCAAGCCGAGCAGCUGCCGGGCCUCUUAGCGGCGUCCCGCUCGGGCCUGGUGCGAGGCUGGGACGCGGCGACGCUGCAGCGGGCCCUGGCCUGGGGCCGCUUCUCCCAGCAGCUCCACGGCCAGCCGGCCCUCAGGGCCGCCCUGGAGAGGCGCCUGGGCCGGCGCUUCAGCCUGAGGCGCUGCCCGGAGCUGCUGGGCCUGGCGUUGCUGGGCAACCGGGCCUUGCCCCCCGCCGCCUACCAGCGCCUGCUGCGCGGCCUCCUGUCCCCGGGGGGCCGGGACGCCGACCCCUUCGUCCCGCUCCUGGCCCGGCGCAGGGCCGCCGCCCAGCUCCUCAGCCUGCCUUGGGCGCCUCCAACCGAGGAGGCCUCGGCGGGGGACCGGGGGACGCCGCAGCUCCGCGCCCAGGCCCAGCUGCUGCUGUCGCGGCUGCGGGAGGAAGAAGAAGAGGAAGGCGGCGGCGGCGGCGGGGCUCCCGCGGCCCUCCUGGACCGCCUCCCCCGCGGCCCCGUGCUGUACAGGGCGGCGGCGGCGGCCUUGCUGGAGCCGUCCGGGGAGGCCCAGGCCGCGGCGCCGCUGCUGCUCCGUUGGCUGCUGCGGGGGGACCCGGCCCGCCUCCCGGCCUUCUGCCGCCUUCUGCCCGCCCCGUGGGUGGCCGCGUUGUGCGGCCGCCACCCCGAGCUGCGCGCCCGCUGCUUCGGCCUCUUGGACGCCUGGGGGAGCCGCUUGAGUUACGACUGGCGCCGAGGCGGAUGGACGGACGGCGGCCUGGGGGAGGGGGAGGACCGGGUCACCUGGCGGGAGUUGCGGGAGCUGGUCGGCGGCCUCCUCCGGGGACCGGAGCCUCUCCGCGGCGACACCGCGGCCCAGCUGAAGCGCCUGAAAGCCCGAGAUGGGGACUUCGAAGUCCGGGGCUUGAGCGUGUGGACAGACCUCCUGCUGGACGUGGGGACGGAGGCCUCGGGUGGCAGGUGGUCUGUUGUGAGGGCCUCGUGA